UCACAUCCGGGGAACCAACAAACCAACACACAUCCAACGAAAGGGUGAGCAACCAAACUUUAACUGUACAACGUAGGCAUAGCGCGCGGCAUGAGUAUGGCUGCACGUUUUCUCGACAGCCUCAAGGCUACGUACCAGUACUACCACCGUGCCAUGGGCAACGUCCUCGUCGCCGUGCCGGCCGCUGCUGGCGCCCUCGUCACGGUGGCUCUCCUCGCGCCGGAGGCCGAGUCGACGACGGUGGCGAUCGGGCGUCUACGCGAGCUGAUCAGGCCCGCGCACCUCUUCCUGGCCGUCUUCCUCCCGGCCGCCGCGGCCACCGUGUACCUCGUGAUGCGCCCGCGGGCGGUGUACCUCGUCGACUACGCGUGCUUCCGCACGGCGCCCAACUGCCGCGUCCCUUUCGCCACGUUCCUCGAGCACGCGAGGCAGGUGCCCACGCUCACCGAGCGCAGCGUGCGGUUCAUGACGCGGCUGCUCGAGCGGUCGGGGCUCGGGGAGGAGACGUGCCUGCCGCCGGCGCACCACUACAUCCCGACCUACAAGUACUGCACCCUCGAGGCCGCCCGUGCCGAGGUCGACCUCGUCGUCUUCUCCGCCGUCGACGAGCUCUUCGCCAAGACCGGCGUCAGCCCCGACGACGUCGACAUACUCGUCGUCAACUGCAGCCUGUUCUGCCCCACGCCGUCGUUCGUCGACAUGAUCGUGAACAGGUACAAGCUGCGGAGCGACAUCCGCAGCAUGCACCUGUCCGGCAUGGGCUGCAGCGCGAGCCUCAUCUCCAUCGGCCUCGCGAGGAACCUCCUGCAGGUGGCGCCGCAUGGCGCGCGCGCGCUCGUCGUCUCCACGGAGACCAUCACGCCCAACUACUACGUCGGGAACGAGCGCGCGAUGCUCCUGCCCAACUGCCUCUUCCGCAUGGGCGGCGCGGCCGCGCUGCUGUCGACGUCCCCGGCGAAGGCGCGGUUCCGGCUGAAGCACGUCGUGCGCACGCUCACCGGCGCGGAGGACAGCGCGCACCACUGCGUGUUCCAGGAGGAGGACGAGCACGGGAGCAUCGGAAUCAACCUUAGCAAGGAUCUCAUGACCAUCGCCGGCAACGCGCUCAAGGCCAACAUCACGGCCAUCGCGCCGCUCGUCCUGCCGGCGUCGGAGCAGCUCAAGUUCGCGCUCGCCUUCAUCGCGCGGAAGGCGCUCAGCGGCAGGGUCAAGCCGUACAUCCCGGACUUCCGCGCGGCGUUCGAGCACUUCUGCAUCCACGCCGGCGGGCGGGCGGUGAUCGACGAGCUGCAGCGCAGCCUCUGCCUCUCGGACGAGCAGGUGCAGGCGUCGCGGAUGGCGCUCCACCGAUUCGGGAACACGUCGAGCAGCUCGGUGUGGUACGAGCUGGCCUACGUCGAGGCCAAGGGACGCAUGCGCCGCGGCGACCGCGUGUGGAUGAUCGGCUUCGGCUCCGGUUUCAAGUGCAACAGCGCGGCGUGGGAGUGCAUCUCGCCGGCGCGCGACGACGACGGGCCGUGGGCCACGUCGAUCCACAGGUAUCCGGUGGACAUUCCCGACGUGCUCAAGCACUAGGAAGACACGGCAUCGCUGUCCUUCUGAAUAAUUCAGUGUUAAUUAAAACAGAAAACUGUAAUAUUCCUGUUUAGUGUGUGUGUGAGGCUGCGUUCUUUCCACAAGUUUCCCAACCCCUUUCCCUCGUUUUCCGCGUGCACGCUUUUCAAACUGCUAAAUGGUGUAUUUUUUUGCAAAAAGUUUCUAUACGAAAGUUGCUUUAAAAAAACAAAUUAAUCUAUUUCUAAAAAAAAAAUUAACUAAUACUUAAUUAAUCACACGCUAAUGGACCGCUCCGUUUUCUGUGCGGUGGAGUUGGGUUCCCAACCCCAAGUAUCAAACACAGCCUGAGAGAGUGUGUGACUCCUUCUACGGAGUGCAUGGAGUUGCUACAGAGUGGAGUAAAAAGUUGUCGUUGACAGGUAGUACAAUAAUGUUAUGAUUAUUGCGAAUAUUAAAGUUGAUAACGGAAAAGGAAUUAUCUUUUCUUGCC